UACGUAGAUGUACAUAAGAAGUGAAAUGUGAAAAUACGUGUACGUGUAGGUAAAGGAUAGGACGAGGGAAAAAUUUGUAUUAUGGAUACUCCAUAUAAGACUAUUCACCCUGUAAAAUAUCUACAGGACCAUUUGGCACAAGAUGUACGUCCCGAUGGUAGACAAUUUCUAUCAUUUCGUCCAAUGAGUAUAAAUAUUUCAUCAAUUACGCAUGCUGAUAGUUCUUCGAUAUUUAAAAUUGGUAAUACAACAGUUGUUUGUGGUAUUAAAGCUGAAUUAGCAAUACCUAAAACAGAAUCUCCUGAUUGUGGAUAUAUUGUACCAAACAUUGAAUUGUCUCCACUAUGUUCACCAAAAUUUCGACCUGGUCCACCAAGCGAUCAAGCACAAAUUAUUUCAAAAACAAUAGAAACUAUUCUAAAGAAUUCAGAAGCUAUAGAUUUAAAAGAUCUAUGUAUUUGCAAAGGCAAAUUAGUAUGGGUAGUAUAUUGUGAUCUAUUAUGUAUUAAUUACGAUGGUUCUGUAAUUGAUGCUAGUAUUGGCGCAUUAACCGGAGCACUAAACACUUUGAGACUACCUGAGACAAAAUACAAUGCGGCAACAGGAAAUAUUUCUGUACACCCCAUGAAUAAGAUACAGUUUCCAGUUAAAUCUUUGCCAGUUUCUGUAACAUUUGCCAUAUUUGAUAAAAAAACUGAAAGAUCACAGUGUAUGAGAUACAUUUGCAUUACUAAUAAAAUGAUUCAUAAUUAUCUGUUUAAUCAUUUAUUUACAUUAUAUACUUAACGUUAUUAUUAUAUUAUUCAUGUACUGUUAUAAACAGAUUUUUAUUAUAUAGAUUAUAUGUGUGCAACAUAAAACUUUCUUUUCUUAUUGUGCUCCAUUUUAAGAUAAUAAAUAUAAAGAAAUAUUGCUUAA